CACACCACAGAAUUAGGCAGCAAUGGAAGCGGAGAGCUUGCAGCGCUGUAUGGAGCUGGUAUCCGGCUCUGGACAUGUCCUGAGCCCCGAGCACAGCGCGGCCCUGCGCACCUCCCUCCUGCUGCUACAGCGGGACAUGAAGCUCAGUCGUGUGUAUCUUUGGGGUAAGAUACUGGGAGUGCGCGGCGACUACUACAUAGCCCAGGGCACCGAGGGUGUCGAGGAGCUGCGGGGACGGAAGGUCUUCUAUAGUCUAAACUGCAUGGACUGGUGUCUCCUGCCGCCAGCCACUGAGGAAGUCAUUGCGCAAUCUCAAGUGAUUAAAGGACGUUUUAUCGGGGACCCUUCCCAUGAGUAUGAGCAUAUAGUGCACAAGAAGGCAGGUGAAGGGAAUGCAGCUUAUGACGAGGAAGAAGUAACCCAUAUCAAGGAGGAAGCGCGUCUCAUAGCCAUAAUCAGCAGGAUAGACGAGGAGACAGCUGUGGUUCCACGUGGGGCUUUUGUGAAGAACCCACUUGGGCAGGUGAACAUCAACCACUGCUUCCGAGGUCUCUCAGUGAGUGAAGCUAAAAAGCUGAGUUCCUUCUUCCACUUCACUCCAUCCCUAAGCCCCAAGAAGAAGUCGUUGAUGGAGAAGGCUGAUCUGAAUCCUUCUAUAGACUUCUUGGAAUCUCUAGAACAUGAUACACCAAAAGGAUCCUGGAGCCUGCAGUUUGAGCAGGGGAACAGUGUACUUAUCCUCCGUAGCCUGCUCUGGUUGGGAAUGACUUUCUACCACAUCCCUCUGACGCCACUACACGGUUACCUCUACGUGGGCACCGGGGAACGUAAUAUUGAUCUACCAUUCAUGAUCUGAGCUCCUGGCCCAUCAUAGAGGAAAUUCCUUCCCUCAACUAAACCGUUACAUAGCUUUGUAUCAGGUCCUGUUCAGGCAGCUUCACAGGAUCAUGACAUUUGUUUCCUACUCACAUACGUUUAUAAUUUGUGGAGUUUAUUAUGCAGAUUACAAGCAGGCAUUACGGGAAACAUGGCUUAAAAAAAGAAGCAGUUUUUGUAUCUGGAACAGUUGUUCAUCUGUCGUUCCAGCAUCCUAAUAUAUGCGGGUGUGUGGUGAGACACAUGACAUGAUUCAAAUGUUAAUGACCCAAGGGCUGAGAUUAAAUCUGUACAAAAAAAAAAAUGUCCACACGGAAUAACUUGCUGCCAACCCAACGAGCAAUCAUGAUAUGUUUUAUAAUGCUCUGAAAUUGGUUUAUGCCAUACGGUGUAGAUAUUAUCAAUAAACCAGUGUAUACAGUU